AGCGGGCCCAACACCUACAGCCAUGAGAUCCUGAGUGUGCUAGGUGAGCUGGCGCUGGCCAUGGCCAAGCUGCCGUCGUGGGCGGCCCCGCGCGCGGCCAAGAGGAACCUCAUGACGCUGCGUGACGAGGCCUUCGUGCGCCCGGAGCCGCUGGGGCUGGUGCUCAUCAUCAGCGCCUGGAACUACCCCUUCGUGCUGGUCAUGCAGCCGCUGAUCGGGGCCAUCGCAGCAGGCAACGCCGUGGUGGUGAAGCCCUCGGAGGUGAGCGAGCACACGGCGCGGCUCUUGGCCGACCUGCUGCCCAAGUACCUCGACCCG